AUGGAAACCUGGCAGCCCUCGGCAAGCGGGGCCGGCGAGCGCGCGCGCCGCCGCCGCCUGCCGCCCGCGGCCCCCGACCGCCCAGCGCCGCGCGGGGGCGCGGACUCCGGCUGCGGCGCCUCCCCCACCCCGGCCCUCCCGCCCGCGUCUCCCGAGCUCCUCCCCUCCUCUCUCCGCCCCCCACCCGCCCCCGGUCCACGCUCUGCUGCGGGCUGUUCUCCCGGGUCUGGGCUCACAUCUCCCCUGCGCGCCUUUUGCCCCCCACCCCGCAGAUCCGCAGGCCUCUGGAGACCUUGGGUUGACGCCAGAGGCGACGGGGAGGAGGGGGCGAGGCACCACGCGGCGGAGGCGAUGCCGGAUGGCCCCGGGAUGACCGAAGCCGCAGGAAAGCUUUCCCAAUACAGACACCCAGUCAGACUAUUUUGGCCCAAAUCAAAGUGUUAUGAUUACUUAUAUCAAGAAGCAGAAGCUCUUCUGAAAAAUUUUCCAAUUCAAGCCACAAUUUCAUUUUAUGAAGAUUCUGAUAGUGAAGAUGAAAUUGAGGAGCUGAUCUGUGAAAAUUAAUCUGAUUAGUUACUUUUGAUGACAUUAAAAGCUUAUAGAAUUUAAAUUUAGUGUACAAAUGUAUCAUAAUCCUUUAAACUAAUUUAUUUGUAUAUAAAUUAUUAAUAAAAUAUUUUGGAAUUACAAAGUAGUUUGGCUUUUUUUUAUCCUUACACUAUAAUCCAAUGUUGGAAUUGAAAAAUAAGUGCCGUGUACAAAUAUCUUGAUUGUAUUGUAAACAUUUGAGGUUUACAAAAGAUAAUUUUGAUCUCUUCAUCAAAUUACAAAUUUAACUUUAGUUAUAAUUCUGCAAGUAUUUAGCUAAAACUUUGCAGAGAGUGACUAUAUUUAAUUGUCAACCUAAUCUUGUAACACCUGGUAUUUCUUACCGAUCCUCAUUAGAUAUUGUAGUUGCAGAUGAAUAUUAUUAGAUAAUGAAGAAAGUCACCUUAUGUUACUAAUCACACAAUAUUAUGUGUUUGCUUGCAAAUGGUGAAAAACACUUUAAAUCAUUGUCCAUAAUUGAGAGUGGGAAUUAAUGUCAGGGCUAUUAAAUUUUAGAGAUGUUUAAUGAAUGAAGAAUCAAGUCAU